AUGCGUCUUCGAAUGGAAGCUCUGAUCAAGGAACACCAAAAUCGAAUCGUUUUUGCCCUUGAGAACAUCGAUGGGAAAAGGUUCGAGAGAGACGAGUGGGAUAGACCGCAUGGUGGCGGAGGCAUUUCAUGCGUACUUCAAGACGGGAACGUCUUCGAAAAGGCGGGUGUCAAUGUCUCUGUGGUCUACGGCGAACUACCACGGUCCGCAAUUGAGAAGAUGAGGGCCGAUCACAAAACCUUUGUGGAUUCUAACGUCGAGAAGCUCAACUUCUUCGCAGCCGGUAUAUCUCUCGUGCUUCAUCCACAUAAUCCUAUGGCUCCUACCGUCCACCUGAACUACCGUUACUUCGAAACUUCCGACCCCCGAGAUCCUGUAAAUGCCACUGGCUCCGCUCCCCAAAACUGGUGGUUUGGAGGAGGGACGGACUUGACGCCUUGCUACCUAUUCGAAGAGGAUGCAAAACACUUCCACAAGACUCUCAAGGCCGCUUGUGACAAGCACGAUAAGGACUACUAUCCUAAGUUCAAAAAGUGGUGCGACAACUACUUUACCAUUCCACAUAGAGGAGAAUCGCGUGGCAUCGGUGGCAUCUUCUUUGAUGAUCUCGAUGCGACUACUCAACCUUCCGCCAAAAAUCCCCAAGAGGAUCUGUUCCAAUUUUGUGUGAGUGGUCUAGAGUCUUUCUUGCCAUCGUACCUCCCAAUUGUGAAGAAAAGAAUGAACAUGCCGUAUCUACCUCAGCAGAAGAUCUGGCAGCAAAUUCGGCGCGGUCGAUACGUCGAGUUCAACCUGAUCAACGAUCGAGGAACUAGCUUUGGACUCAGGACGCCGGGUGCCCGCAUUGAGAGCAUUUUGAUGAGUCUCCCUUUGACUGCACGAUGGGAAUACAUGCACCCAGUGUGUGGUACUGGAGUCGAAGAGCCCGUUGAACCAGCCGACGCUACGACCGAAAAGGAACGCGAACUAAUGGACGUCUUGCGCAAACCACGAGAAUGGGCCUGA